AUGCUGUGCAUUUUGCCAGACGAGCUCCUGCUCAUCACAGGCGCAACCGGCCACAUUGGCUUCUGCGUCCUCCUCCACGCUCUGCGUGCAGGCCACACCGUCCGCUGCGCCGUCCGCUCAGAGGCCAAGGCCGCCUUCAUCCGCUCCCGCCCUCAAAUCCUCGCCCUCAACCUCCCCCGCGCCCGCCUCAACUUCACAAUCGUCCCCGACAUCACGGCAGAUGGCGCCUACGACGAGGCCAUCCGCGGCGUCUCCUAUGUUAUCCACUCCGCCUCGCCUCUAGCGACAGCUGACUCCGUCCCCCCGGAGCAGCACCAGGAGUACUUCAUCCAGCCCGCCAUGCGCGGCACCCUCGGCAUGCUGGAGGCCGCGAGGCGAGCGGGGACCGUCCGUCGCGUCGUCAUCACCAGCUCCAUCGUCGCCCUGACCUCAGUAGCGCAGAUGGAGGGCGCCGAGAAGAGAGUGACGGCCGUUCAGCCCACAGAGCGCGCAGGCUUCAAGCCCGAGCCGUACGAGAGCGAGUUCGCCGCCUACGCAGCGAGCAAGGUCGCCGCGCUGCUCGGCGCCGAGGCGUGGCUCGCGCGGGAGAAGCCCAACUUCGACGUCGUGCACUUCCACCCAUCCUUCGUCCUCGGCCGCAACGACGUCGCAACGAACACCUCAGAGGCGAUCAAGGGCACCAACGCCGUCGUCCUCGCCACGCUCCUCGGCAAGAAGUGGGGCUGCGCCUUCGCCGGCGCGACCGUCCACGUCGACGACGUCGCCCGCGCACACGUCCAGGCCCUACUGCCCACCAUCCCCGGCAACAGGAGCUACAUCCUCAGCACCAAGGCGCGGUGGAACGACGCCAAGCUCAUCGCGAAGCGCAGCUUCCCCGAGGCGGUGCAGCGCAAGCUCAUCAGCAGCAGCGGCUCCGUUGGCACCACGCCCAUCGAGUUCGACGCGUCCGCCACCGAGGAGAUCUUCGGCUUCAAGCUGCAGGGCUUCGAGGAGCAGAUCAGGAGCGUGGUGGGGCACUUCCUGGAGCUGCGGUUCCGCCGCCCGGUGGUCGCGACGGUAUCCGGCGAGCUGAAGGAGAAGGCAUCGACUGGUGCAUUGAGGUCGGGCAUUGUUGCCGCCAACGCAUAG